AUGGCGUUUGCCCCAUACCCAAGGGGCGUGUUUGUCCAGCAGCCUGUGGAGGCGUUCCGCCAAGGCUGCCUUGGCUCCCAGAACGUGGCUUAUUACCGGUACCGGGUACGGAUUAUCUUGAAGUGCCCUAUUUAUGGUGCACUUAUAAUCAGCGCAGAUCCGCACCUCUCCGUUGGGCUUAACCGGCGUGACUAUUGGGGUUUCCCACGUGGCAUAUUCUACGGGUUCCAGUACCCCUUGAGCCAUAAGGCGGUCCAGUUCGGCCUCUAUCUUUGGCUUGAGCGCGAAUGGAACCCGCCUGGCCUUGAGCCUAAUCGGUCGGACUGUGGGGUCCAGCGAUCCUCGUGGUGCACGGCGUCCGACCGGGCCUUGGGGAAGGUCUUCGAGGUCCUCUUGAACGCCACGGCCUCGCUGAAAGCGCUCUGUAGGUGUCCAAAUCAAAAAGCACCGGCUGUGUUCAUCAUCUCAGGCUUCUCAUUCCCCAAAGAACUGAAGGUGCUACUGUUACUCUUCUUCUUGAUCAUGUACAUUCUGACUCUCUGAAAUUCCCUGAUUGUCUGGGUGGUGGCAUCUGAUGUUCAGUUGCACAAGCCCAUGUACUGGUUCCUCUGUCAGUUGUCCUUCCUGGAUAUGGGUUUUUCCUCUGUUCUGUUCCCCAGAUUGAUUGCAGGUUUAUUCCCUGGUGGGAAAAUCAUCUCUUUUGGAGAAUGUAUAUGUCAAGUAUUCUCUCUGAAUUCCAUCGGAUGUGCUGAAUGUCUCCUUUACACCAUUAUGUCUUGCGACCACUUCAUUGCGAUCUGCAAGGCCCCCCACUACAGCCACAUCAUGCAUUGGAGAGCCUGCCUCACUCUCUGUUUGGGUUCCAUCAUCGGAGGCUGCGUGAACUCAGUGUUAAAGACGACCCUCACCUUUCAAUUGCCCUAUGGAUGGAACAACCAGAUCGACUACAUCUUUUGUGACAUCCCUGCCCUGCUGAAGCUGCCUUGUAUGGACACAACUCUCAAUGAGAUAGUGAUCUUUGUGGAUGUCAGCUUGGUGGCUGUAACCUGCUUCAUCCUUAUCCUCCCCUCCUAUGUCUAUAUUGUCUCUGCCAUUUUGAGGAUCAGCAGCAGUGAAGGGCAUCGCCGGGCCUUCUCCACAUGCUCAGCCCACAUCACUGUGGUAGUAAUCUAUUAUGUCCCCAUUGUUUUCUGUUACCUGAGGCCAGCAUCUCAGGACUACAUGGAUGCUGUGUUGAGCGUGUUCUACACCACAGUAACCCCAUUUCUGAAUCCUGUCAUCUACACAUUCAGGAAUAAAGAGAUGAAGGCCACUCUGUCAAAACUGUGGGUUGGGAAUCCCAAGAUCAGCAGCAGUGAAGGGCGUCACCGGGCCUUCUCCACGUGCUCAGCCCACAUCACUGUGGUCGUUAUCUAUUAUGUCCUGGUCGUUUUCCAUUACUUGAGGCCAGCAUCUCAGGACUCCGUGGAUGUCAUCUACACAUUCAGGAAUAAAGAGAUGAAGGCCGCUCUGUUAAAACUGUGGGUUGGGAACCCCAGUUAA